UCUCAUAACAAAAAAACAUCCGAAUCUGAUCUUACACUCAUCGAACUCAAUCGAAACGCAACGUUUUCAAAGAGACGUCCAACUAAAAUGAUGAAGAAGAUCUUUGUUCAAAUCAGUGUAGCUUGUCUAGUGUUGGCGUUGAUGAUUGCGAUGGUCUCGGCUCAGGGACACGACGAUCACGAGGGUCACGGUGAUCACGAUGGUCACGACCAUGCACCGGCUAAAUCACCAAACGCCGCUGUCAUUGUUACUGCUGAUAUGUUCACCGGCUUGGCCGCAGUCACCGUGGCUCUUGUGGCUGGCUACAUCUACUGAUGAGUUUAUCAUAUAGAUAAAUAUUUUGUGAAUUGUGAUUCUUUUUCUUUUCUUUUAUAUAUUGUUGCCACAGUCCUUUCUCUCUUAAUGUUUUCAAUUUUUCUUUUGUGUGUUCAUCAGAAUGUUAUGUAAACAAAUUUCGUGUGACGUGUUUGUUUAUGUUUGUACUAAAAACAAAAUAAUAAUGUUGGAGCGUUAAUUAUAAAGAUCUCUUUAUUAC